CCGAUGUAUUUUACUUUUUUACUACUUUCUGGCUUUCCAAUAACCAAUGGACAUGGUUGGUGGAAGAGCCCAGAAAAUGGACCAACAUGUUUAAAGGGUACAUGUGGAGAAUUCGAUACCACAUGUGAAUGUUCUUUUACCAUAGAACAUGGUUUAACAAUGAUGACUUCUCACCCUGAUCCAUUUUUAGUUUGGCCAAAAGGAGGAAAUCUUUAUAAAUAUGAUGAUAAAACAGCAGAACACCCACUGCCACAGGAGGUUACGAAAGAUGUUAUAACUGCUGAUGGAUAUGGAUCGCGUCUCGUUAUCCUUAUCAAUGGAAAAUUUCCUGGUCCUCUAAUAGAAGCGUAUGAAAAUCAAACGAUGAUCAUACAUGUCCGCAACCUUAUGCACACAGACUCGACAACUGUCCAUUGGCAUGGUCAACAUCAACGAGGAACUGUCCAUUACGAUGGAGUUGGGUUUGUUACGCAAUGUCCAAUACCACCAGGACAAUCGUUUACGCACAAGUUUCAGACAUACCCCCACGGUUCUUUCUUUUACCACGCCCAUAUUGGGGAUCAAAGAAGCAUGGGGUUGUAUGGAGGAUUAGUUAUUUACCCACGACAAAAGCUGUCCCAACCACAGGAAGGUUUUUCACUUCUUUUACAGGAUUGGAAUCACAGUGACGAUCCUGAAGCAAUUUACCAAAGAAUGUUAAAGGGGGUAUAUGAUCUUUCAACCCUUACCAAAAUAAACACUUCACAAGCAGUUGAUGGCGCAAACUUUAGUCGAUUUCAUUUCCAUUCGGGGAUUUUUAAUGGAAAAGGCCGCUUUUAUUCAACAUUGAAUUCAAAUAAUGAAGCUCCUUUAGUAAAAUUCGAAGUUGAAUCUAAUAAGCUCUAUCGUUUUCGAAUAAUAAGUGCAGCAACAUUGUACCCUUUUCGUGUGUUUGUUGAAGGGCAUCCAGAACUGAUUCUGAAAGCGUCCGAUGGAUAUGAAAUCCAAGGAGGUUAUGGUAAUGAAUCAAAAGAAAUAGUGGUUGAGUCAUUCAUAAUUCACCCUGGGGAACGAUAUGAUUUCAUAUUGAAAACUAAUCAAAGUCCAGGAACCUACCUGUUGGUUGCAGAAAGCAUUGAAGUAAUUCCAGCUUCUCUUAAUGAAUAUCGAGCAGUUGAGGCUAUUAUCCAUUAUAAAAAUUCAUCUUUCACAUACCCGACAAAAGCUUUGCCUAACCCUUGCUCAAAGGAAAAACCAUGUACAACAUUCAACUGUCCAUUCCGAUAUUAUCCUGCUGAAUCAAACAGAGAAUGUAUCACGUAUGAUAAUGUUUUUGGAAAUGAAACAACAUCAAAUUUCAACGACGUUACUGAAGUAUACGAAACACUCUUUUUCAAUUUUGCCUUUCCUGGAGAACCAGGAAAUACCCCUGGGUCAAUAAAUGGACAUCAGUUUGAAGUACCAGAAUAUCCUAUUAUUUCUGGUGUAAGUUAUAGCUCUGUCUGUAACCCAUCAAAGUGUACAGAUGAUUCUAUCUGCACUUGUACAUAUACUACAGAUCUCGUCAAAGACAAAGUUUAUCAGUUUGUUCUAACUAACAUUGGAAAUGGUCGUGGAUGGUCACAUCCAGUGCAUCUUCAUGGACACUAUUUUUACGUAUUGAAAAUGGGCUUUGGUACUUACGAUAAUGUUACAGCAAAAUUCAUUUCAGAAACAGAUGACAUUGAAUGUUUUGGUACAAAGGGUUAUUGCAAUUCAGCCUCAUGGAAAAAUGAUUCCUGGGAUCUUAAUGCUUCAUCUAUCACGGGUCUCCUAACAACAUUUCCAGCAAAGAAGGACACAAUUAUUGUACCGACUGGUGGAUAUGUAGUGAUUCGAUUGAAAGCCGAUAACCCCGGGGCAUGGUUCUUUCACUGUCAUAUUGAUCUUCACAAUACUAAUGGGAUGGCUAUGGUUUUAUUGGAAGCUAAAGAUGACUAUCCGGAGAAACCUGACAAUUUUCAAUCCUGUUGGCACGUUGAUAUCAAAACGAACACAGAUCAAAACCAGAAGAAUGUGCCAAUUGGCCUCAUUGUAGCCCUUAUAAUUUCUUUGAUAGCGUUAAGUGUGUGGUCAUCCCUGCUCUGUGAUUGGCAUCUCUUAGCAGCAAGUGUGCGGACAUCCCUGCUUGUUGCUGCGCAAGAUCAGGUGUGCGGACAUCCCUGCCUGCAUCUUGUGAUAGAGCAUUGGUGUGCGGACAUCCCUGCCAGUGUCUCUAGGCUAGAACCGUAUUAG